CCAGCCCGCCCCGCAUUGGCUGCGGCGGCCGCGGCUCCGGUAACCCGAGCCGGCGGCGGGGCGCGGCGCACCGCACGGCACCGCACGGCACCGCACCGGGGCCCGGCCAGCGCCCGGAGCCCAGCCCGGCGGCCGAGGGGGCGGCGCUGGCCUCGGCCCGGCUCCGCUCCGCCGCCAGCAGCCGCCUCUCCUCCGGCGCUCGGCUGGGCUCGGCUCGGCUGGGCUCGGCUGGGGCAGGGCCGCGCCUCCCGGCCAGGCAGGAGGUGGGACCAGCCCCGGCGCUGCCGCCCGCCUCCUCCCUCCCUCCCUCCCUCCCUCCCUGCCGAGGGCUGAGCCAUUCCGGGAAGGAUCCGGCUCCCCCACCGCUCCUCGGCAGCACCGCACCGCACCGGCAUCGGCCGCCGCCGCGCUGGGCUCGGCCCCACGUCGCCGCGGGGCUGCGGGCGAGCUGCGGCGGAGCGGGGCGGCGGGGGCGCGGUGCCCGGUCCGCCGCGGCGGGGAGCGGCGGGGAGCGGCGGGGGGGCGGGGGCACAAGUGGCCGGCGCGCCCGGGAGCGGGGCGGGGGGCCCGGCCCCGCGUAGUUGUUUUGCCCGGGGUAAGUUGGGCGAUCCCCUGCUGAGGCUUCUCCUGGAGGGGGGGCAGCGCUCGGCUCCCGGCUCGCUGCCCGCCCCAGCCCCCUUGGGGGGGCGCCUUUUUCCCCCCUUUUUCACCCCCGCGGCUUGUGGUUUUUUUUAUUUAUUUAUUUAUUAUUUUUAUUAUGGGGUCUGUGGGGAAGCAGAUCUUCCAGUCCGGCGUUGCUCUUCUUCCUUGUCCAACGAUCUGCGGAGAACUAUAAUAUUUCUUCCCCGAGAUGCUGCAGUGAAUUUUAGUCCCAGGAAAUCAGGCGAACAAAAUAAUCCGAAUAACCCGAACCAUUUGUUAACCGCGUGAGAGCAAACGCUGCCUAGGCACGGAUGAUGGCAAAAAAUUCCCUGGAAGGGUCUAAAGAAGACCUGAGCAAAAUUUCGGAAGAGGAGAUGCUGAGGUGGAGCAAGGAGGAGCUGGUGAAGAGACUGAGGAAAGUGGAGAAUGAAAAGAUGAACUUAAUGGUGGAACACGGCAACUUAAUGAAGGACGUGAACCGGCGGCUGCAGCUCCACCUGCACGAGAUCCGCGGGCUGAAGGAGGUGAACCAGAAGUUGCAGGACGACAACCAGGAGCUGCGGGAGCUCUGCUGCUUCUUGGACGACGACCGGCAGAAAGGCAAGAAGCUGUCGAGGGAAUGGCAGCGCUUCGGGAGGCACACGGCCAGCGUGAUGUGGAAGGAGGUGGGCAUGUACCAGCAGAAGCUGAAGGACCUGGAGGCGAGGCAGGAGACCCUCCUGCGGGAGAACGUGGAGCUGAAGGAGAUGGUGCUCAUGCUGGACGAGGAGCGGAGCGGGGCCGGCUCCCGGAGCUCCAUCGACAGCCAGGCCAGCCUGACCAACCUGAACGGCGGCUCGGCCACCAGGGACGUGGGGGACGGGAGCAGCACCUCCAGCACGGGCAGCGCGGGCAGCCCCGACCACCAUCACCACCACCUCCACCACCACAAGGCCGCCGACAGCAAGGCCGGGGCCAUGCGGAGGUCUAUGGAUGACCUGUCGGCGCCCCUUCACCACCGGAGCAUCCCCAACGGCCUCAACGAUUCGUCUUCCAACUAUAUCAGGCAACUUGAAACAAAAGUGAAACUGCUGGAGGAUGACAACAAGCUUCUUUCCCAGCAGUCCAGCACGGGGGACCUGAGGACCCUGAGGAAAGGGUUGUCCCCGUACCACUCUGAGUCACAGCUCUCAUCACUGCCGCAGUAUCAAGACGCCCUGCAAAACGGACCAGCUCGCAUGACAUCUGAUCUUGCAUCUUCUCCUGCAGGCGGAUACGUCCCUGUUGGUCAGAAACCGGAGGCUGUUGUGCAUGCUAUGAAGGUCCUUGAGGUCCAUGAAAAUUUGGACAGGCAAAUGCAAGACAACUAUGAAGAAGACCUGAGUGAAAAGGAGAAGGCGAUUGUUCGUGAAAUGUGCAAUGUUGUCUGGCGAAAGCUGGGUGAUGCUGCGAGCUCCAAACCCUCCAUCAGGCAACAUCUUUCAGGAAACCAGUUCAAGGGUCCCUUGUAGAAACACCGUCCUGGAGGCUGGAAGUGAUGGAUUCUGUGAAGACUGAAGAGGCAGAGCUCAGCGUUUCUGGCUGCCUGGUCUUUGGGAGUUGGGGUUGAGGUGGUUUUUUUUCAGGGUUUCCUUUUUCCUUUCAUUUUCUUUUUCCCUUUUUUUGGCUUUUUUUUUUUUUUUUUUUUUUUUUUUUGUAAUAAUAGUGUAAAUAUGGCAGCUAAAGGCCUGAUUUUCAGGCUGUGGUGCUCUGGAACUACUGUUCAAUGGGUAACCAUCCAAUAAUGUCAGACCUGCAUCAUUUGUAUUGUAGUUCAAACCUGCUUUGUCGUAAUGGUCUGUUUGUAGAAUUAACUAAUUUGAGAGAAUUUCUAAGAGGAACAAGAACCCUUAACCUGCGGAGAGGUUUGUAUCACUCCGCUCCACCUGCUUGUCAGUGAUUCAUAGCUGGGUUAGUGGCUCCAGGCAGCACCUUCCAAGGAGAGAGCAAUUUGAAGUCAUUGGUUCACUGCCUGCCAAGGUCCUGAGCUGCUAACAAUUUUUUUGAGGUCCUCAUGUUGAAGAAAGACACACAACUGGUUUCAGAAGGCGCUGUGUACAAUAUUGCGUGGUCAGCUAAAACCACUGGUACCACUCUGUAGCGCGUACGGUGGUACUCGUCCCACAAGCGUACAGAAAGGCUUGCGACUCCGUAUCAGCUGUUAAUGAACUGUUUCCAUGAACAAAUGACACAAGACUUCUGCAGUCAUAAUGUGAAUGAACUGACGUCACUUAGCCACACACCAGUAUUCCCUACAAAUAUGGCAACACUUUUCAUGUAAAGCUUUUACUACAAAACAAUUCAGCAGAAACUGCCGUGCUAACAGUGCUUAUGGCUUUCACAGGAUCUUCGAGAGCAGCUCAUCUUUCACUUUAGGAAGAUUUGGGUAUUUUUUUUUAAAUGUUCUUGCUGGAUCCCUCACCUAUACUGGUUCCUGUGUAAGGUAACCAAACAACCUUGCAGAGCUGAAUAAAAACUCCAGAAACACAGGCUGUUGGGUGAGACUACUUCCUGCCAUUCAAGCUUUAUUUUUAUUAAUAAACCAAAACAAGUGGGUUUUCCCUUCUUCUAAUGGUUGUAUAUAAAACAGUGGGACUUAUAUUUUGCUAUUGUGGAGUAGCUGCUUGUGUAGUUGUAAGAACUUGACCCCCUUCUUUUCCAAGUUGUCACAGCAGCUGUCCCUGCAUUUUAUUAGAUGUUCUUUCCCAAUAGUCCAAGGAAGCAGGGCUUGGUUAUUAAAAUAAUUGGUGUAAAAUAAUUUUAAAGACAGGCACGUGGAAAGAUCAAAGCCUCCUCUUCAAAAGUUAAAUUGAUUUUAGUGAUUAUUUCAAAGAGUUAAUGACCUCAAACACCAUCACUUUCUUUUUUUCCUCCAUGAGAAUCAGUCACAGCUCCAGACAGCUGAAUUAGCUGGGCAGGUUCUUCCUCUUAAAUGAAUUUGUUCUACCAGUUGAGUUCUGGACUUGGAGUAUUGUAUUAACAUGUAGCAUCGAUACAGUACUAAGGAGCCCAUGCUGCAAGUUAUGAAAGGUAACUGGUCCCAUGGCAUACAAUAAUCUACCUGCCUGGGUAAAGAAUUUGGAGUGUCAGCGCUGACAUCUGUAACCAGUGAAAGAACGGAGAAGGAAUGCAACCAAAAUACGUAGCAACCAGUAAGAGUAAGCACCACUUCAUUAUUCAUUGUAGAAAUAAAAAUGUGUACAGAUGAGUAGGCUAUUUGGAAAAAAAAAAACACAACCAAACCAAACGCCAAGACCCACCCCCAAACCACAAACGCCCACUUUCGCUCACACACUCGCCAGUAGUUUUCUUCCUACUGCUCGGUCAGCAAACCCUGAGCUAGCUAAGUCUAAGCCUACAUCUAGUGUGCCUGGGAAGUCCAUUCUAGACCCUGUGUCCUUUAAAACACAGCAUCUUUGGAGGAUUCUGGAUUUCAUCCUCUUUGCUUUUUGUUUUGACCUCCACUUUCUAGUCACCAUUAAUUACUUGUCUUCCUCCUGUACAAUUUAUACCUUGAGAUUUUUGUACGAGGGAAGGUGGUGUAAAGCAAAGGCAUCUUUCUUAACACCUAAUGUCCAACAGAGGGUUACUUCACUCUAUCUGCUUGAAAGCCCAUUUUAAUUUUGGUGGCAUCUAAUCACUGGAUUAAGCAGAGAAUUUAAGCAUAUUGGGAACAAGGUUAAUUUACGUCAGUGAAUUUUAACGAAAGCAAUGCAAAUGUUGCCAGCACUUGAAGAGCGUUAAUUGCGUCGAUGACGUGCUUGCUAUUUUAGGCGUAUAUUAGACUAGCAGGUCCUCUCAGCAAGACAAGAGCUAUACUAAUCAGAUUACUAGUCUCACCAGCUAUGUAAUGCGCCUUCAAAUAUCCCCUGCUAUCAAAUCUUUCUCAAAAUCUAUUCAAUGACUUCCAGCAAAGCUCUUUCUGUUCCACCUGCAGAUCUCACCUACAAGGGAAAUAGUGGUGUAAUCCAGGUCCAUCAGUGCUGCAAGUCCUGAAGAGCCAGUUUACAGGGUAGCCAGUAGUUCAGCUGAAGAGUCUCGACACUCUUAGGGUAUAGCCCAUUUCUUUAAGGUUCUAUUUGGCAGCAUAAAUCUUCCACGUAAGAAAGAUGUGCAUUUUUGAUUUUGAGAAGAACACGACAGUGCUGUACAUUGGGGUGUUAUUUUGGGGGGUUUUUCGGCUUGCCACUCUUCAUGCUUAGCUCCAUUUGAGCUAUACAGUGUCUUCCUGGGGUAAAAUGACGCUCAAUGACUUUACAGGAUGACUUGGGUGCUGAGUUUUCAGUUGUCUAAAAAGAUGUUUUAUGUGCAUAUUUACAUUCACUUAGCUGUGUGCAUCCCUUGAAAUAGCGGCCAUUAAAUCGAUACAUUUGGGGCAGUAGCGCAAGUUAAUUUCCUCAAGAUUGAAGCCCUGGGUUCUGCAAUCCUCUGGCAAAGAAAGCACCCACUGUUUACAAAUGGACUUUGCUUGCUUAAGGAGAGUAAAAUCACAUCCUUGUCUGUUGUUGGAGUGACUGAAGCGAAUGGCAUUUCCAUAAAAGUUUCUGAAAUGCUGCGGUGUAACCAGCUUCAGUUGGCUCUUUGCACCUUGAUAAGACUGCUGAGCACAACCUUGUUUGAGAAUGGCACAUUUUUAUCCAAAUAUUAGAUAUUAAAGAAAUCAGUGUUAAAGUGACCUUUUAUCUUUUUAGAAACUGUGGGGGAAGAGUACUACUGAUCUUUUUCAAAGUGCAUGACUGUAAAGUGAUAAAAUUGUAUAUUUUUCAUAAUGUGGGGAAAGUCUAUUUGUGCUGCUUUAGAAAUCAGUUUAAAGUUUGAUUUCUGUUAAACCUGUGGUCUUACAGCCCUGCUAUAUUUUCUGUAUAUGAUUUACAAAGAACUGGAAAAGUUGGCACCUGCUGUUGUGUAUAUAGCAAAAUUCUUUAGACCUUAGCACGCGUUUUUACCUAUUAUUGAACCACUCUGGCUUUUUUGGGGAGGGAAAGUAAUAGUACAGAUUUUUUUGAUAAUGUGUGUAAAACAUUCAUUUGAAAUAUUUUAGUAAAAAUGAAGUAAGAGAUUGAUUGUGACAGUGUAUACUUCUAGUUGAAUAAAAUAAAAUACAUUCUUUUUAAAUAAA